AUGGCAACUGGCGACUCCAACGAUGACGACACCAACGGCGGCUUCAGCUUCGGCAAUCAACCCUUCACCUGGGUUCUCAUCCCUCUAUUCGUUAUCCUCGUUCUUGGUUUGACCGCAACCAUCAUCCAGAUCAGGCGUCGUCGUCGCCGUCGCGCAAACCAAUGGCCCGGUCCUGGUCCAUCUCCAGGAUCAAGAGCAGCAGGAAUCCGUGGCGGAAACGGCACGACAAACCGGCGAUCGCUGUGGAAUGGUACCAGGUCUCAAGAAGGACUGAAUGAGUUGGGCCAGGCACCGCCGCCGUAUGAUGGGAAGAAGGAAACGCAGGAUCCAUUGGAACUGCGUGAUCUUGAAGCUAGAAGCAGUCCGCCAGAAUAUCCCAAUGAGCCGCCGCCGGCUCUGAUUAGUGAUGGCCGGAGGAACUGA